CUGUCAUUCUGUCUCUCUGUACUCAUCUUUUUUACUUGUCUUGGCUCACUUUAUCACCAGGCUCGUCUAGGCUGACAGAACAGAGGUCGUCCUGUUUCCAGUGCUGGAGACCAGGUGGGAGUACCUGCAGGGGAUGCACAAAAAUAGCUGAGAGUUCAAGGACAGACAAUUCAACAUCUGAGAAACAUCAAUGGAAAACAAUUUCAGCUUUGAGGAGGGCAGUGACAUGUCAUAUGAAGACAAUGACUCAGCCUUCCCCUCUCCAGUUCAACUGACUCCACCAGACCAAAGCAGCAUCUAUGACCUGGAGAGGAGGAGGGAGGAAGAGGGGCAGGAGGAUGAGCCACCUCUGGAGGCCAUCGUCAUCCCCAGUGGCUCCGAGGCAUAUAUGAACCUGAACACCAAUGCCACCACAAGAGGGGAUGCUCAAGCUUACGUGGAGCUGAAUGAGCUCACGGACAGCACCUGGCAGGAGACUGGCCGCUGGGUGGGCUAUGAGGAGAACUUUAACCCCGCCACAAGAAAAUGGGGUCCUUCUCAUGUCUCCUAUCUCACCUUUAAGAGUCUGAUCGAGCUCCGUAAGACCAUGUCUACAGGGGCUGUCAUUUUGGACCUGAAUGCCAACAGUCUGGCUGCUGUGGCUGAGAAGGUGGCUGAUGAGCUGCUGAACAAGAGUGAGAUCCGUGCCAGUGAUAGGGAUGGCCUGCUGAGGGCUCUCCUCAUGAGACGCAGUCAGAAUGAGGGACCUGUGGUUACACCCUCUGGAGAUAUUCAGAUGCAGACCUUCUCUGUAACCAAGAAGAGGGACAACUCUGACAACAUGGAGGCCUCAAUUGUCCUCUCAGGUGUCCUGGACUUCCUGCAGAAACCAGUGGUGGCUUUCGUCAGGCUGAGUGACUCUGUGGUGAUGGAGUCUGCACUGGAGUCUCCUGUCCCUGUUCGCUUCGUCUUUGCCCUGAUGGGCCCCAGCCAGAGCGGACUAGACUACAGUGAGAGUGGGCGAGCCAUGGGUGCUCUGAUGGCUGACUGGGUGUUCUGUCUGGAAGCCUUCUUGGCCCAGACUGAAAAAGAUCUGACCAAUGCCAUCGCUGACUUCAUGGACUGCAGCAUUGUGAUUCCUCCCACUGAGAUCCAAGAUAAGGAAAUGCUGGAGCCCAUCAUCAAUUUCCAGAGGAAGAUGCUGUGUGACAGACUCCGCCCCAAUGACACUCGUCUUGCAUUUGGUGACAUGGUCAAAGAUGAGAAAGCUCCAGAGGGGCCAAGGGAGGACCCUCUGGCCCGUACUGGCUAUCCUUUCGGUGGGAUGGUGAAGGACAUGAAGCGUCGUUACCGCCACUACAUCAGCGACUACACAGAUGCUCUGAACCCUCAGGUCCUCGCAGCCGUCAUCUUCAUCUACUUCGCUGCCCUAUCCCCGGCCAUCACUUUUGGAGGACUUCUGGCUGACAAAACGGAAAAAAUGAUGGGCGUGUCAGAGCUUAUGAUCUCCACCAGCAUCCAGGGUGUCAUCUUCUGUCUCAUCGCCGCCCAGCCUGUCCUUGUCAUCGGUUUCUCUGGACCAUUGCUGGUGUUUGAGGAAGCUUUUUAUGUUUUCUGCAAGUCCCAAAACAUUGAGUACAUUGUGGGUCGUAUCUGGGUGGGGAUGUGGCUGAUAGUGAUCGUGGUGAUCAUCGUGGCCGUGGAAGGCAGCUUCCUGGUCCGAUUCAUCUCCCGCUUCACCCAGGAAAUCUUCUCCAUCCUCAUCUCUCUCAUCUUCAUCUAUGAAACCUUCAAUAAGCUCAUCAAGAUCUUCAAAGCCCACCCUCUGAUCCUGAACUACGAACAUCUGAACAGCACAGUGGACAACCCCUUCGACCCAAUCAUCACGGAGCACAUCGAGUACCAUCCAGAUGGCAACGUAUCCUAUCAUCCGCUAGAGAUUGAAAGACCUUACCCCAACACUGCCCUGCUGUCUAUGUGCCUGAUGUUUGGUUGCUUCUUCAUCGCAUACUUCCUCCGUCAGUUCAAGAAUGGUCAUUACCUUCCAGGCCCGAUCCGUCGUAUGAUUGGAGAUUUCGGUGUCCCCAUUGCUAUUUUCUUCAUGAUCGCUGUGGAUAUCAGCAUUGAGGAUGCUUACACUCAGAAACUGGUUGUGCCAAAAGGUGUUGAAGUGACCAACCCCAAAGCCAGAGGCUGGUUCAUCAACCCGAUGGGAGAAAAUAAGCCCUUCCCAAUCUGGAUGAUGGCUGCCUGCUGUGUACCUGCACUGCUUGUCUUCAUCCUCAUCUUCCUCGAGUCCCAGAUUACUACCCUGAUUGUGAGCAAACCUGAGAGGAAGAUGGUGAAAGGAUCUGGUUUCCAUUUUGAUCUGCUCAUCCUGGUCACCAUGGGAGGCAUCUCCUCUAUUUUCGGGGUGCCCUGGCUGAGCGCUGCCACUGUGCGAUCCGUCACCCACGCCAACGCUCUCACUGUCAUGUCCAAGGGCCCGAAACCAGAGAUUGAGAAGGUUGUUGAGCAGAGGAUCAGUGGCAUUCUUGUGGCCAUCCUGGUUGGUGUUUCUAUUUACAUGGAACCUAUACUGAAGAUGAUUCCCAUGACAGCCUUGUUCGGCAUCUUCCUCUACAUGGGUAUCACCUCUCUGAGUGGAAUCCAGAUGUGGGACAGGAUGCUCCUGCUGAUCACACCAAAGAAAUACCAUCCCUCUGAUGCCUACGCUACCAGGGUUAAGACACUGCGGAUGCAUCUCUUCACUCUGAUCCAGAUUUUGUGUCUGGCCGCCCUGUGGAUGGUGAAGAUAAGUUCCUUCUCUCUGGCUCUGCCUUUUGUUCUUAUUCUCACCAUCCCUCUGCGUAUGCUGAUGACCGGCAGGCUCUUCUCUGUCAUGGAGAUGAAAUGUCUGGAUGCAGAUGAUGCCAAAGUGACAUUUGAGGAGGAACCCGGGGAGGAUGUGUAUAAUGAGUCCCCACUGCCAUAAACAACAACAUACAAUUCAUAUUUAGUUAGUUCACAAACUUUUAAGUCAACUCAGUUCUCGAAUGCCAGUAAUUAUGUGAAAACUGAAUAUCAGGUGUCUUUGAAAAUAUGUAUUUAUGAACAACUCUUUGCAGUUUCAAACUGUUCUGUUAUUAUUAUUUAUCUUUAAAGGAAAUUACCUCUCAUUUCUAGUAAUUCAUACAUUAUUCCUGCAACUGAAAUUUUGUCUGUCGCCACAAUAGAAAACUAAUAUACAGUCCAUAUUGUCAUAAAGAUGCAUUUCUACUUGUCCUUUGUUCUUUUGUUUUCCGUAUUUCCUUUUCAUAUUUCACUUGUUUAUGUGGCAUUCAUUUUGGGAUCAUUAAAAUGCUUCCCUUUUGUUUUCAGGUAAGGUAUAUGUAAUUUUACUUACUUAAAUAUUAAGUGGUAUUUUGAUUCAGGAAAAUAUCCUCUGGAAAUGAGGGGUCUUUAACUUUAAGACCUGAGAUAAAUCCACUUAUAAUAUUGUUUUUUUCUUUAAAUGCCUAACUACAGUAUAGCUUUAAAGUGAUUACCACUGCGGCCACAUGUAGAUCUACCCAUGUUCACUAUUUAAGUUAAGCAAAGUUGAUCUACUCAGCCCUUUACACAUGCACAAAUAAUGACUUUUUGUUGGACUAUCAGCCCUGCCUUUGCUCCAUACAGUAGCCUUUCAACUAAACUUUAUCAAAAAUGUUUUAAGUAGUGUUAUUCAAGUUUGCCUCAUUUCAUGUAUUGUGUAUGGUUUAUUGAACAAUUUGGUCUUUCCUGUUCAGUCGACCUGAUUUGAAAGUGUAUGGAAAGAUGUGUAAUGCUCUUCAAUUUGAGAUUUUAAGCGUGUAAUUGCUUUGAUGAUUAUGAACUGGGAUGAGCAGCAAUGAGUGGAUAGCGGAUAAUGAGAUAUAAUUGUUUGAGCUGACUGUUGCACUGAUGAUAUAAUCAGGGGAAAACUUAUUUGUAAAUGUAUCUUAUUAAGCCUUUUGUUUUAGUUAUCGUGUGUUUGUGUGCUUGAAACACUGUACAUGCUUUGGAUUUACACUUUAUUAAAAAUAAAAAAACAGCCUAUAAA